CUCAUUGUAAAAACAUAUUUUGUGCCAUUUUAUUAUGUCCUAAAAAUUUAUUCUGUCUUUAUGUAGUCGUUUACACCAGUUUCCUCCAAAGUGUCAGAAAUGACUGUCACCAUGCGACUUAGGCACAUGCUCCAAUCCAACCGGCCGAGUCACAUAGGGGCGGGUCAGUCUACCAAUGUUUUCUGCCACUAUUGUUAAGUACAGUUUACACUUCAAGACUGUAGUAUAAUUUUAGGUGCCCGUCCUUGGCGCCAAUGCCUCCGAUCGGGAACGGGAUGAAUUAAAACAAACAAUUCUGUAAAGGCAGGCUCUUGUAACGCAUCUGUGGUGCCAUCAGUCAGUUAUCACUUGACACUUUGACAGUUUAUUUUUGUAUAGUUGUAACUUAUACUGUUGUACAGUGUACUUGUGUUUUUCAUAUUUGGGACUCUAACCUCUAAGGAUUAUUGUCGUCAGUUUAGUGAUUGAAUGCAAAUACUUUAAAAGUCGUUCUGUAUUGUGUCAAAUUUCGACAACUAAAAUGAGAAAAAAAGAAGACGACGACGACUUUUUUUCUAGAGUCAAAAUCAAGACUGAAGAAGAAGAUGAUGAUUUAGCUUCUCUGGAUUUUGUUGAGAGAGAUGAAAGCGAUGAGGAUACUGAAGAAGCUAGUGAAAGUGAAAGAGGUAAAACUGAGGAGUAUCCAGAAAUAAAGGAACAGAUUUAUCAAGACAAAUUGGCAACUCUUAAUAGACAAUUGCAGCAAUUAAAGGAUGGAGUACAUCCUGAGUACUGCAGAAGGCUCUGUAAAUUAGAAGCAAUGUAUCAGGAGAGGUUGAAAAUGAAUAUAAUGGGUGUAGCUUACCUAAGAUCUUGUGUAGAAAGGGAUUAUGCAUUAGAUAUGCAAGCGGCUAAAAAUCAUUAUGAACAAAAGAAGUCUGAAACACUUCAAAAAAUGAUAGAUAAGCUUUUGGAUAGUCGAAAAGCAAUUGAAGCCGAUAGAUAUGCAAUAGAAUUAACUGGUGAUUCCACAGAAUCAAAACCAAUCAUGACCAGAAAAUUGAGGCGUAGACCUAAUGAACCUCUUCCGGAAAAACCAGAAAAACGACGUAAAGUAUUAGCUCCGCAAGUUAAUUACUUAUUAGAUGAAAAAGAAAUUGAAGCAGAUCUCAAAGCAAUUAUGAGUGGCAGAAAUCUUGGUUCCAUAAAAAAGCCUACUAUAAUACAAAAUACUAGCCCUGUACCAAAUCCACAAUAUAAUCCUCCUGCAGGUCCUCCUAUUGAAACUAAAAUUGAAGAUGGAAAACUGUUGUAUGAGAAAAGAUGGUAUCAUCGUGGACAACCAGUUUUUGUCGAAGGACAAUUUAUGCCAAAAUAUUCUGCUAUCAUAUCUGCAGUAGGUACAGAAGCUGUUUUUGUAAAAAAGUUGACAGAUAAUACUAAGCAUAGAAUAUUUCUUAAUCAGUUAAGUUCAGGAACUAUGACCAUCAAACGUAGAUCUUAGAUUUUAGUGUUUUUUUAAAUAUUAUACUAUGGAAUUCUUAAAUUUUGUGAAUAAUAAUUUAUAAAU